UGUGCGGUGGGCCCCACAGCAGCUUUGUUGACCAAGGGAGACUUCUAGUUUAGUUGCGGCUCUAGCAGUAUAAUGGUUUAGUCUGAGGUGCGAAACACCUUAGCAUGUCUCCUGUCAUACGUAAGCGUGACACCGGUCCUUCCACACAGAGCGAUCCUCCCCAGUCAGGACUCAGCAGGAUGCGUUCUUAACGGUGCGACAGCGUUAUUGCCAUGCACGUCGUCAGCAAUUGAGUAAACCAAUCAAUAGACACAGCGAUCAACAAGCGUAUUACCGCAGUAAUGUAAAAAUGGCGAGACUGCUUCACAACUUGCUGUUGUUGACAGUCGGACUGACGCUGAAGAUCAGAGUUAUGGGAUACUGGUCUCUCAUUUACGGAUAUUGCGCGCUGUGUACGGGCGUAGCGCUACUCAAACUUGGCUGGAAUAUCAUCCUACGACCGUCAACAACCUUUCAGUGGACAAUUCGUGAGACACCCCCCGCGUGCCUGAAUGACACGUCCUUGGGAACCCACUGUUAUGUUAGGAUCAAGGAGUCUGGACUCAGAUUUCACUAUGUUGCUGCCGGGGAACGAGGAAAGCCACUUAUGCUGUUUCUGCAUGGAUUCCCAGAGUUUUGGUUCUCCUGGCGUCACCAGCUGAGGGAAUUUAAAAGCGAGUUCCGUGUUGUUGCCGUGGAUAUGCGAGGCUACGGAGAGUCUGACCUGCCCUCCUCCACUGAGAGCUACCGACUGGAAUACCUUGUCACUGACAUCAAGGACAUUGUGGAGUAUCUGGGAUACAACAGAUGUUUUCUUGUGGGGCAUGACUGGGGUGGCAUCAUUGCAUGGCUCUGUGCAAUUCACUACCCUGAAAUGGUGACAAAACUCAUAGUGCUGAAUAGCCCACACCCCUGUGUGUUCACUGAUUAUGCCCUUCGACACCCGAGCCAGAUGCUCAAGUCAAGUUAUUACUUUUUCUUCCAAUUGCCAUAUUUCCCAGAGCUUAUGCUCUCCAUCAAUGACUUCAAGGCGCUGAAGAGUUUAUUCACCAGCCGCAGCACAGGCAUCAGUUGUAAGGGUCGCUGGCUCACCACAGAAGACCUUGAAGCAUAUCUGUAUGCCCUCUCCCAGCCAGGGGCCCUCACCGGCGCCCUCAACUACUUCAGAAAUGUCUUCAGUGUCCUUCCACUGAGUCAGAGUGAGGUGAGGUCUCCUGUUUUGCUGCUGUGGGGAGAAAGAGAUGCCUUCAUGGAGCAGGACAUGGCAGAGGCCUGCCGUCUGUACAUUAGAAACCAUUUCCGCCUAAACAUCAUCUCUGGAGCCAGCCACUGGCUACAGCAAGACCAACCUGACAUUGUCAAUACACUCAUAUGGACUUUCAUCAAGGAGGGAGAGGGCCGGAAAAACUACAGGAACUUAUAAUGAGGUUCUUCUCCCUCAGGCCUUGUCUGACGAGUGGACCAGGGUUUAUGCCUGUGAAAACAAACCAAUUUAAUGAUUAAUGCAAUCAUCAUUUUAAAUUUGAUACAUCUAAGGUAUAGAAACAAAAGUAACUUAAAUAAAGCGAAAAAGAACAAAAGCACAGUUUUAUUGGAGGGGUUGCUUGGAGAGUAGUGUGUUUGAUCUAUUUUUCUCAAGUUUGCACAUGACAUUUGCCUUAAAGUUUAUUGGUGACAGUAUUUUAAAGUGUGUUGCAAAAUCUCUGUAAGUUGUAUUGUGUGAUGCCUUUUGACAUACCAUUUUUGCAACGUAAAAGAUGUGCCAUGUUUUUUGAGACUGAACUGUAGGGUUGUCAGCCAUUUGUAUCAUCAGAUUUGCUACUCUCUUCUCUAAACACAAUCUUAUGGGAGUCCCAAAACCCUACACGUAUUUAUCAGGUAGUGUUGUCUUGUGAAAAAUAUUGUUCCUGGUCUUUUUUGUAUUUUUUGACAAUACUUUGCUUAAACAUGUGAGAAUGUUAUUUUGAUCUUCCUGUAUGAUAAAACAAAGUGAUGUUUCAAUAUUGUACACUUUUUUGUAUCUCUUCCUAAACGCUGCAUCUAAGAAAGUAGAAACCAGCUCUGCACCAUUUUGAUUUGAUUUUAUAAGCAAAUAAAUAAUA